AUGACUACUCUAUCGACACCCCGUGGUCACCAGGCCCUCGCCAUCAGCAUUGUGUUUACGACUAUAGCGACAUUAAUUGCUGCCGUGCGUAUACUUACACGAGCAUUUCUCGUAAAGCAGAUGGGAGCGGACGACUAUGUCAUCCUAGUCUCUCUGGCCUUCUCGUGGGUUUUCUUCGGCCUGAUGGUCGGCGAAGUCUACCACGGCAUGGGUGAGCACUAUAGGGAUAUCCCCGCUGCAACCUUCAAGACUCAGAUGCUCUACUUCUGGGCUUCAGUUCCCAUAUAUCAAACAAGCCUCAUCAGCACAAAGAUGUCGAUCCUUCUCCAAUAUAAACGAGUCUUCUCCACACCACACAUGCGCCGAGCGUGUUGGCUCCUGAUCGGCUUUCUAGGCUUCUACGGAGCCUGGACCAUCAUCAGCGCCUGGGCCAACUGUGUUCCUCUCGCGAAGUUCUGGGAUCCAACUGUCCCAGGCUUCUGUUUGGAUAAAAAAGCCUUGUGGUUCUCCAACUCGGCCAUCCACAUUCUUACCGAUACUCUCAUUCUCAUAUACCCAAUGCCAGUCUUGAAAUCGCUACAAUUGCCCAAGAAGCAGAAGUUCGCUCUUAUUGCUGUCUUCGCGCUAGGUGGAUUCGUUUUGAUCACAAGUAUACUCCGCCUCAAAUCUCUCCUCGUUAUCGCCAACUCAAGCGAUCCAACCUACGACAAUGUCGGCGCAGCAACCUGGUCCGCGGUCGAGUGCAACGUCGCAAUUAUCUGCGCCUCUCUCCCGGGCACGCGCGCCUUCCUCUCCAAGCUCCUGCCUCACAUCUUCUCCACCCGAAGCAACGGCUACCGCAGCAGGACCACGCGACAUACGCGAAACGGAAACCCCCUCACAGCAAACGGCAACACGCAAGUCCUGGCCUCUGUCGUCGGUGGGCGUGGUCACAGCUCGGAUUAUGACCACGAUCUGGAAGCUCUGUCGCCGUCUGGUUCCUUCAAUAGCUACACCAAAGAGCCUGUGAAGGAGGUUUUUGCGGGAAUCAAGGUCACGACUAAUGUUACGCAGGAGAGUACCUCGCAUUCGAAGAUUGUUAUUAAUGAUGAUAUGGGCAGUACGAAGGAAUUGGUGAAGAAGCAUAGCUUUUGA